UAGCCCCAAUACUCUCUACAGCCUACUCUACUCUGUUCCACUCUGCUCUGUUCCACUCUACUCUGUUCCACUCUACUCUGUUCUACUCUACUCUGUUCCACUCUACUCUGUUCUACUCUGCUCUAUUCCACUCUGUUCUGUUUGGUUCCACUCUGCUCUGUUCUGUUCCACUUUGUUCUGUUCCACUCUGCUCUGUUCCACUCUGCUCUGUUCUGUUCCACUCUGUUCUGUUCCACUCUGCUCUGUUCAGUUCCACUCUGUUCUGUUCCACUCUGUUCUGUUCCACUCUGCUCUGGUCUGUUCCACUCUGUUCUGUUUCACUCUGUUCUGUUCUGCUCUGUUCCACUCUGCUCUGUUCCACUCUACUCUGUUCCACUCUGCUCUGUUCCACUCUAAUCUGCCUGCCAGGAGGAGAGGCAGAGCUGGCUGCAGCCCCAGAUGAUGCGGACGGACAAUAAAGGCCGGAGCGCCUCCCCCCACAGGAACGCCUACAAGUCUGACUUCCACACCAUCAAAUGCUCCUUGGAUGCCGCGACCAUGCCUAGACCUUCUUCCCUGGGCGCCUCAAUCCCUUCACCUGGAUCCAUGGCAGUCCCUCACACCAGGACUAGCAGUGGGAGUGACCCUGGUGAAGGUACCAGGGGUGGGUCCCUCAGCCCUAGAGGAACUAAGAUCAAAGACAACAUCUUCCUCCAGAUGGACAGCCAACAGCACCACCUCCACCUCUUAUCUCAGGCCCUGCCCAAACACCCUCUCAGCUCCAGCUCUGUCCGGAGCAGUGUGGCCAGCAUGUCCAGCGUAGAAUUGUCUAUGCUAGAUAAACCGUUUAAGGCAGAGGAGAUAGCAGAGAUAGACAGAGCUGCUCUAGCCCAGAAGUUCUCGGUGACCCGGAAGCUCUUUGAGAAGGUCAGUGGGGGUCAACGUUUAAAGGUCAGCCCUGGCAGAGAUAGCAGGAGGUUGGUGGAGGAGAGUGGGGAGGAAAGGGGGAGUGCAAGGAGCAGGUUAGAUAGGGAGCAGCUGACAUCCAUGUCAGAAAGUGAAGGAGAGGGGGAGAGAAGGAAAGAACUCAUGAACAUACACAUUUCACUACCCAACAUAAAACUCCAUACAGCCACUUCCUCACUGGACACCAGUUUGCCUACACCCCUUCACCCUGUUAAUGGUCACUACAGUGAGACAUUUUCCCCUGACAGUAGAAGUCCUACAACUGACCCAUCAGACCGCAGGAGUGUGUACGGUCGACGUGUGUUAGAUGGGAGUGUGUGUGAGGGCUUUGUGUUCUCCCAUGUAUCCAACCUUUCUUGCCCAGCACCCAGCUCCCCCCACUCUCAGCCUCCAUCCCCUUCUUCCAACUCCCCCAGUCCUCUCACCCCAGUCUCCCCUUGUUCUGACCAGACUGACCUCUAUAGCCCUAGUAGUCCUAAUGCUGACCCCCUGUACAACAGGAGUUUGUCUGAGGGGAACCACCCUAAUGACCUUGACAUGACCCCUGAUGUCCCUUUGACCCCCAAAGAGGGGUCAGGGGCUGGGACUGUAAGGGCUGAGCUAGUGGAGGUGAAGAAUGAGUCAUCUGAGAGCGACGGUAAUGAAGGAGAGGAGGAAGGCAAGAGGGAGGAGGGCAAUGAGAAUAACCUGGUGGAUGAUGUGUUUGAAGAAUCCAAAGUGGAACCUAGAAUGGUGGAACCUACAUCGGCACAAAGAACAGUAGAACCUAGAAUGGUGGAAUCUACAUCGGCACAAAGAACAGUAGAACCUAGAAUGGUGGAACCUACAUCGGCACAAAGAACAGUAGAACCUAGAAUGGUGGAAUCUACAUCGGCACAAAGAACAGUAGAACCUAGAAUGGUGGAAUCUACAUCGGCACAAAGAACAGUAGAACCUAGAAUGGUGGAACCUACAUCGGCACAAAGAACAGUAGAACCUAGAAUGGUGGAAUCUACAUCGGCACAAAGAACAGUAGAACCUAGAAUGGUGGAAAAGAGAACGGUUGAACAUCCAGUAGAACCCAGAAUGGUAGAGUGUGUGGAGGGAUUCCCUGACAGUCUUGAAGUGACUGAACAGGAAAGUGAAUCAGAAAGAGACAUGAAUCAGCAGGAGACAGAACAGAGGGAAGAGCGAAUGGACGGAGAAAACAGACCGAUCAGACAAGCAAUAGAGCAGCACAGAGAAGAGGGGACAACCGGAGACGGUGAGAAAGUGGAGGUAGAGGUGAAAAGAGAUGAGGCAGGAGAGCAGGAGGAAAAGAAACUUGAGAGAGAAACCAUGUGCAGUGACUACAAAGAAAAGAUGAGGGAGGAGGUGAGAGAGGGAGAGGAGGAAGCGAAAGAGAAGGCCGGAUUGGAAGAUGGAGGGAUUGACUUCAGGGAAAAAGAAGAAGAGGAAAGAAAGUCUAGAGGGAGAGUGGAAGUGAAGGAAGAGCAGGAGAGGGAAGAGGGGGAGUGCACUGAGAGAGGAGAUGAGAAGAAUGGAUCUGCUGCCGUCAUUGGAAUUGAGAAUGAGGCCUUUGUGGAGGACGGGGAACUGAACUCGUCGGAGUGUCAUGACGAUUUGGAAUGGCCCAGAAAGGACUGGGAGCAGCUCUUUAUGGAAUAUGAGGAGAUUCCCAGUCUUCCCCAUGAGGAUGAUGAUGAUGUGGAUUCUGCUAAGAGGAGAAAGAUUAAGUUCUCUACAGCACCAAUCAAGGUGUUCCUGACCUACUCAAAUGCAGACUAUGACCGGCGUAAUGAUGAUGUUGACCCUGUGUCUGCCUCUGCUGAGUAUGAACUGGAGAAGAGAGUGGACAAGAUGGAUGUCUUCCCUGUCCAGAUAAAGAAAGGAGAGGAGGGCCUGGGUAUCAGUAUAAUAGGGAUGGGGGUAGGGGCUGACCAGGGGCUGGAGAAGUUGGGGAUCUUCGUUAAGACCAUCACAGAGAACGGAGCUACACAACAGGACGGACGUAUCCAGGUGAAUGACCAGAUAGUGGAGGUGGAUGGGGUCAGUCUGGUCGGAGUCACACAGCUGUUUGCUGCCACCGUGCUAAAGAACACCAUUGGCUCUGUCAGGUUUUUUAUUGGACGGGAGAAGCAGGGAGAGGAGAGUGAGGUGGCCCGUCUAAUCAAUGAGAGUCUGGAGCAGGACAAGACACCGUCUACAGUAGAGGUUUUAAAUGAUGGUGUUGUGGGACUCAGCUCAGUGGAUGAGACGGUAGAAGUCCUCCGUACAGAUGAUGAAGAGGAUGACGAAGAGAAAGAAAUCACCAGCUGCCUCAGAUGCCAACAGCUCCAGUUAAAAGUCCGGACCAAAUCAGACCAACUCUGCCUAGUGCAGGAGAAGCUGAGGGUGUGUGAGGAGCAGCAGGCCUUGUGGGAGAGUCAUCAGGCUGAGCUGAAGGGGCGUAUCCAGGAUGGAGAGGAGAAGGCUGACAAACUAGAGAAGUACUGGCAGGAGGCCCAGGCUCUGUGCAGGAUUGUGAACCAGCGAUUGGCUGACACCCAGAGCCAAUUAGACAGCCUGGAGGUAAAAUACAGCAAGGCCAAGAGACUGCUGAGGGAAUUCCAACACAGGGAGAAGGAGAGCGAGGGGAGAGAGGAGGAGCUGCAGAGAGAGAUGGAGGAGAGCGAGAGGAUACAUGGAGAGACUGUGGAGAGACUCCAGAGACGGAUAGGUCUACUGGAGAGAGGGGAGAUGGUCCCUGAGAGUGACAACCAAUCACUGGAUACCUCAUUUACAUCAAGUGCAGACUGGUGCAUUGCGGUGCCUGUGACAGGUCUGUUAGACACCAGCGCUCACAGGGCCAGAGCACAGCUCGCCCAAAAAGCCAAGAGACACCCUCCCUCACGAGACAAACUCAGAGAGUCCUUCAGACAACAGGGUGAGGAAGACCAUAUUCAGAGCUGUGACGGGAAGAGCCAAUCACUGACUACGAUCGCACCACGAGAGACGGGACGAUCGGUCUCAGCAGGCGGUCACCGUGUCCACUCCAGCACAUCCUCUCUGUCUGCCCUCACCUCCAAGCCCCACCCCCCCUCUCUCCUCACCCCCCAGCCAGGCCAGUCCCCCACUAAUGAGGACAAGUCAUCUACCACACGCAAAUCAAAGAGGAGAUUCCCUGACUUCAGCGGCCUCCGCAAGUCUCUGAGGAGAGGGAGGAAGAGUGAGGAGAAGAAGAACAAGGAAAGACCCCUAGACCACAGGGGUUUAUGUGUUAACCUGGUGGAUGCCCCCAGCGGUGGUGUCUCUCCCUCUGUCUCCUCCAUGCCCUCCUGCCUACCCUUCUCCUGGUUCGGAGAGCGAGGGAGGGAGAAGGAGGGAGGGAAGCUUAGGUCUGUCUCCAGCAGCAGUCUACCGCACAUGACCACCGGAGGCAGUAGAGAAUGCCAGAGAGUGAAUGUAGGAGACCCAGGUAGUCCCAGCUCUGCUCUCCUGUCAGGGAUGCUGUCAGAUCUGUCUCUCUCUGCACACUCUCAAACUCUCACGUUCUCAUCAGAGAACCUGGAUGAUGACUCUGUCCCAGUUGGUAACGAUUACCAAUGGCAAAGCCGACCCCUGGACCAAUGGACUAAUCAGCAGGUCUGUCUGUGGUUGAUUGGCAUGAGCAUGGACCAAUACGCGGCCCAGUUCACAGCCAAUGGUGUGGAUGGGCUGCAACUUCUCAGUCUGGACAACAACAAACUCAAGGCUCUGGGUGUGUGCAGUCACAGUGACCGUGCUGCUCUGAAGAGAAGGCUGAAGGAGAUGAGGAAGACUAUGGAGAGAGAGGAAAAGGAGAGAGAGAAGGGAAAGGAGGAGAGGGAACAUGAGAAGAGGAAGGAGAGAAAGGAGGACAGGCAUAGUGGUAAAAAGGUCAGAACCGAGUCCCUCUGCUAAAGUCUGGACCCUGACCUCUAACCUCUAAACCCGGAAAUAAUCUUCAAUCACAACUUUUUGUCUAAGUCCUACUACUAUUAGGCUCAUCUCAUGCAUUCCAGCCUUUAGACAAUCAGCUAUAGUCUCUCUCUAUUAUAAACUCUACCAGCACAGAAACGUCAGUCUUACUGUUAGUCUUCACUGUGACUGGUGAAAUAUACUUUAUCUGUUUUGUAACAGUAUUUAUGUACAGAUGUUUCUAUACGAAUGUUGUACAAUUGAUUGCAAUGAAACACUUAAUUAUUUUAAGCUGGGAAUAUUUUACAUUCAUUAAUAAAUAAUGUUUUAAACGUA